UGCCCUGCAGUUCUAGUGACAUCCAUGCUUCGAUGAGGUGAAACGGUUGUUGUCGUCCUGAUGUUUGUAACUAGCUGCCUGAAAGCUGAUGCACAGCUGCCGUUAUAUCUGAAUUAUACCGGUGUCACUGGGUCACAGACUGACCGUUGACAUCUGCAAUCACUGCCAGACAGAGGGUUUCUUUCCCGGCUUCGUUUUCGGUGAAUUUAUCGCUAUGUUAUCAUCCGUUCCCACCAGGCUAAUAGCGCGAAGGUCGCGAAGCCUGUCACCAUGUAGCCGAGUACUCAAGACCAGCGCUAACGCCGCCGUCUGCCAGGGCAUCCGCGAGACACCGGCGGAGACCAAUCGGAACCCUAUCGUGUCCACUUCCCGGACCUCCAGGAGAGGAAUUCUGGCUGAGGAAACCGCGGGUACCAGUGUAACCCCGUUGGUACAGUACCACCACCUCGCCCCUAGAUGGCUCUCUAACCUGGAGAACCGUCGCAGCUCCUGGGCGGCUCUGGCCAGCAGAGGGCGCAAUACCAACCAGUACUGGGAAGAGAGCAGUCACAGUGGCGGAGGUGAAAGCCGGGGAACCGGUGGAGGAGGCCAGGGGGCAGGAGUGACCUGUACCGGUGUGUUGUCAGCUGCAGCAGUAGCCUUCUGCCUGAAGAAAGACUCCGAUAACAAAGGCGAUGCUCUUCUCGAGGCAGCAAGGACCAAUAACUCUCAAGAUGUGGCCAGGCUAGUCCAAGAAGGGGUGGACCCAAAUCACCGCCACCGUCUUGGUUGGACCGCUCUCAUGGUGGCUGCCAUGAACCGACAACACAGCGUGGUGAAGGUUUUGCUUGACGCCGGUGCCGACCCAAACGCAGGAGAUCACUUUAACAACGUUUACGACACCUCACGGGAGAAAGGCAUCCAUUCACUGGAAGUGCUAGUGUCCAGAGAGGAUGAAUUCAGCAGCAGGCUCAGCAGCAGGGCCGGCUUCCGUGGUUGCACAGCACUUCACUAUGCCACACUGGCUGACGACCCGCACACUGUCCGCAUGCUGCUGGAGGCUGGUGCCAAUCCCCUGCAGACAAACAGUUUGGGACAUACAGCUCGGGCCUAUGCUAAGGAGGGAGAAGUGAGCACGGCGCUACAGGAGUGGGAAGGCAAGUUCCAGGAGGCACAGGCUCGGCGAGAAGCAGAGGAAAGGAGGCGGUUCCCCCUGGAGAGGAGGUUGAAGGAGCACAUCAUUGGACAGGAGGGGGCCAUCAACACUGUAGCUUCAGCCAUCAGGAGGAAGGAGAAUGGUUGGUACGAUGAAGAGCAUCCCCUCGUAUUCCUCUUCCUUGGCUCAUCAGGAAUCGGGAAGACAGAACUGGCCAAACAGGUGGCUCGCUACAUGCACAAGGACGUUAAAAAGGGAUUCAUUCGAAUGGACAUGUCUGAGUUCCAGGAAAAACAUGAGGUGGCUAAGUUCAUUGGCUCCCCACCAGGAUACGUCGGACAUGAGGAAGGUGGUCAGCUGACCAAGCUGCUGAGGGCGUGUCCCAACGCCGUUGUCCUCUUUGACGAAGUGGAUAAGGCUCAUCCAGAUGUUCUCACCAUUAUGCUGCAGCUCUUUGAUGAGGGUCGUCUUACAGAUGGCAAAGGAAAGACCAUUGAAUGUAAAGAUGCCAUCUUCAUCAUGACUUCUAACGUUGCAAGUGAUGAAAUUGCCCAGCAUGCAUUGCAGCUCCGCCAGGAAGCUGAGGAGGUCAGCCGCAGAAAGCUAGCUGACAAACUUGAGGAUGUACAGAAAGGUGAUGACAUCAAAAUCUCCCGACAGUUUAAAGAAUCAGUGAUUCGACCCAUCCUGAAGGCUCAUUUCCGGAGGGACGAGUUUCUCGGUCGGAUCAAUGAAAUUGUAUACUUCCUGCCGUUCUGUCAUUCAGAGCUGCUACAGCUGGUCAGCAAAGAGCUCAACUUCUGGGCCAAAAAGGCCAAGCAGCGCCAUGACAUCACUCUGCAGUGGGACCGCCCGGUCCUGGACCUGUUGGCGGGCGGGUAUAACAUGCAUUACGGAGCACGCUCCAUCAAACAUGAGGUCGAGCGGCGGGUUGUCAACCAGUUGGCUGCAGCAUACGAGCAGGAGCUGCUUCCUAAAGGCUGCACCCUGCGUCUGUCCGUCCAAUCAGAGGACCAGGAGCAGCGCAGCACACCUAGCCUGCGCCUUGAGGUGGUAGGAGAGGACAGUUCAUCGAGAACACUGGACAUCCGUCCACCACUCAGCCCUGAACACUAACAGCAAACACAGAGUAAAUAUGCACAGAGGUACUCUUAUCACACACCAUAUCACCAUCAUCAUCAUCCAGCGUUGAGAAGACGGAAGGUUCUCCAUUGAUGUUCCCAAUAAAAGUACCUCUAAUAACCACAACAUCACUGCCUCUCUCAUUCAGUACACACAUGCAGUAACUACCAUCAAUAUUUCCACAGUGUGCAGUCAAUAAAAUCAACCUCAAUGUAGCAGUUUUGUGAACUACAAUCUACACUGACAUGUAGAUUUGUGCUACAGUGACCAUCAUGACCAUCAAGCAUCUCAUCAUCAGUGGUAUGAAUCCACUGUAUAAGCUUGCAAACAAUGUGUUGCUGCAUUGUGUUUGUUGCAUAUCAGUUACGAUGUUGCGUAGAGAUAACUUAAUGUGCAUCAUCCUCAUCAAGUAGAAAAAGCCAAAAUAUUUAAUAUUUAUUGAAGGUAUUGCAUUCAUGUUAACAGCCAAGAAAAGUGGUAUUAUUUAUUAAGAGUUAACAGUAGGAAGAGUUGCCUUUUUGCAUUGAUUGGCAGAGGUGAGAAAAACAAAUAAAGAAAAACUAAAGUGAGGAUUUUAGUAAGUAGUCUAAUAAGUUUUAAAAACUAGAAAGUGUCUUUAUUUCUUACAUCUUUAAAUAUAUAGCUUAGCAUUUGUCCUUUAUGCUGUGAAGAAACCAGAAGUAUUAAUAGCCAUACAUUCAGGAUAGAUACUUACGUAGCCUUAAUGAUAGAUACACUGAUGAGCCACAGCAUUAAAACCACUGACAGGAGAAGUAAGUAAUAUUGACUAUCUUGUGACAAUGUUCUGCUGGGAAACUUUUGGACUCACCUAGACCAGACCAGACACCCCCACCCCAUAGCAAUGACACUCCAGCAGCCUGACACAGACACACACACUUUAAGAACAACUCAAAAGACAUGAAAAACAGCACAAGGUGUUGACCUGGCCUCCAAAUUCACUAGAUCCCAAACUGAUCAAGUAUGUUAAUAAGAUGAGGUCUCUGUCACGACGGUGUGCUGUACAGUGUCUGACAUUACACAACAGAAAGAAUGUUACAUCAUAAAUGUUUUCACUGCAUGUUGACAAGACACCAAAUGUAAUUGAUCAACAUUUCUCACUGUUGUAUUCCAGCUUUGACUUGGUCAAUAAAGUCAUCACAACAAAAAAGGGAA